AUGCGUAUACAACUUGUCAAGCGCGACGAUAGCUCUUAUACGACAACAAGUUCAAGAUACGCGCCAAGUCCUACUGGGUCUUCUAACAGCAACGCCAAUAAUAAUAGCAAUAAUGGGAAUGGUGAUAAUGGUAACUAUAGCAAUAAUAAUGGCAGUAACGUCAAUAACAACAGUAAUGGAGGCGGCCAAUACAACAACGGUAACAAUAACAGUAAUAAUAAUGGAAACAAUGGCCAGCCAUAUAAUAACGGGAAUAACAAUGGAAGCAGCAGUGGCUAUAGCAAUGGCAACGCUAACAACAAUGGCUAUUCUAACAACAACAGCAAUAAUAAUAGUAAUAGUAAUAAUAAUAGUAAUGGCAGCAGCAACAACAACAGCAAUAACAGUAACAAUGGUGGUGGGUCAUAUAAUAACAACGGUAGCAAUUAUCCCUCAAAUAAUAGUAAUAAUAAUGGACAGAAUAACAAUAAUAAUGCCAUACACAACGGCAACGGCUACAGUAGUAACCCUACUGGUAACAGCAAUAUGCCAUACAACAAUAAUAACAACAAUAGUAACCAAAAUAACAACUGGCCACAAGGUAAUAAUGAUUACGCAGACAGCUAUAACAACAUGCCUCCAGCACAUUUGCCACCUACUUUUAUUGAUCAAGAUACCAAUAGUCAUCAAAUGCCCACAAAAGUAAUCAUCAUCAUUGUAUGCACGGUAGUUGGAAUUAGCAUUAUUGCUGCUAUUAGUCUCUUUUACUUUUGCAAGAAGAGAAGAGAAAAGAAAAGGGAGAACAUGGCUAAUGCAUUUUUUGAAUUUUCUGCAGACAGGUCCUCUGAGAAGACAACAAGAGUCAGCCCUUUUAAAAAAUAUCAGUCGUCUCCAACUCCUAGUUUAUAA